AUAGAUUUUAUAACCGCACACAGCGGUUGACUCGAGCCAAGUCCUCAAACAUUUAUCUGUCUGCGGCUCUCUCUUAUAUAUAAACACACUUCUCAAUCCAACCCUAUCAAUUUUCAUCUCUGGUCACCAAUUUGGUGCAAUUUUAGCUCUUUUAAAUUCGAAACCAGUCCCUAUAUUAUGGCAAAAUUACAGUUUCACCUCCUCUCAAUCUUUUCCUUUUCUCUCCUCAUCCUCGUAUCAGGAGUGCAUGGCGGCGGCGAUCAUCACCAUCACCACCGCCGACACGGCCGCCACCUCUUCAAUUCCAGGCCAAAUAAGCUGUUUGUUUUCGGAGAUUCAUAUGCUGACACAGGCAAUAUCCAGAAAUCGCUUGCUAGUUCUUGGAAGGAGCCUUAUGGAAUCACCUUCCCCGGAAAACCUUCCGGCCGGUUCUCCGACGGCCGCGUCUUGACUGAUUAUCUUGCUAGAUUUAUUGGGGUGAAGUCUCCACUGCCAUUCAAAUGGAUAAAUCAUGCAGCAAACAACCUGAAAUAUGGAAUGAAUUUUGCAUUUGGAGGCACAGGAGUUUUUAAUACACUCGUUCCUUUACCAAAUAUGACUCAGCAAAUUGACAUUUUCCAGAAAUUAAUGCACGACCAAGUCUACUCUCCCAUGGAUCUUCACUCUUCUUCUGCUUUCGUCUCUGUUGCUGGCAAUGACUAUUCCUUUUACCUCGCCACUAACGGCUCUGCUCAGGGUUUCCCGGACUUCAUAAGAAAAGUGGUGAACCAGACAAUAGAGAACCUAAAGAGAAUUCAAAAGAUGGGAGUAAAGAAAAUAGUAGUGAAUGCUCUACAACCCUUAGGUUGUCUUCCCGGCAUCACUUUCGGUUCUUCCUUUCGACAAUGCAAUGAAUCGCAAAACCAGCUUGUCGGCUUCCAUAACUUGUUGUUGAAGCAAGCUGUCGCGAAGUUGAAUAAUGAGACCGGUGAUUCUACUUUUCUCAUUCUUGAUCUUAACACGGCUUUCUUUACCGUUUUCAAGAACAAAGGAGAUCGUCCAGGGAGCACAACUUUUGAAAAUCCAUUGAAGCCAUGCUGUGUAGGCAUAAGCAGUGAGUAUUCAUGUGGAGAUGUAAACGUAAAUGGUACAAAAAUGUAUACAGUUUGUGACGAUCCUAAAGCUACUUUCUUUUGGGAUUUUGUGCACCCUACGCAGGAGGGCUGGCGAUCUGUGUAUUUAGCUUUGCAAGCCAAUCUUCAACAGCUUUAAAUUAAAAUUUAUCAUACUAAUUUUGCUUGUGUGUGCUCAUUCAUUUUCUUAAUUUCUCUCUUUUUGUAAUUUUAUGAUUUUAUGUUCUAAGUUAGAUCCAUUGGUUUUGUAAUUUUGUUUUCUUGUAACAUGUUUUCGAAGGUUAGCUAUAAUAAAUUGUUCUUAGAACUA